AUGGCUAAUGGGUCGGCUUGUCAAGAAGAACAUUUUAAAAAUGGUAUUACUAAUGGUGCUGAGUGGUAUGAACUUGAAGGUGGAAUGCAAGAUUUUAACUACAUAUAUUCAAACUGUUUUGAAAUUACAAUCGAACUUACCUGCUGUAAAUUCCCAUCUCCAUCCGUGCUGACUAAAGAAUGGGAAUAUAACCGUGAAUCGUUGUUAACUUAUAUGGAGAGUGUUCAUAUGGGAAUUAAAGGAUUGGUUCAAGAUGAAAAUAAUAACCCAAUUCCAGGGGCUACUAUACAUAUUGUAGGCAUAAAUCAUACUGUAAAAACUACAAAUAGAGGUGAAUAUUGGAGACUAUUACUUCCUGGUAUAUAUAACAUUUCAGCCAAUGCUCCUGGUUACAAUGCAUCAGUGUAUCGAAAUAUUUUGGUGAAGAAUGAUACUCUACGUUCUACAACUGUUAACUUUACACUCCAUACAUUAAAACAAUCGUCAGAACUCAUUGAUUUUGAUACAUCAAACGUGGUAAUUGAUUUAUCUCACUGGAAUGUUAAUGUUGAUUUUGGAUUGGCCAAAAGUAAUGGGACUGUGGCUGUGAUUCAUAAGGCAACUCAGGGGAUUAGAAAUAUCGACUCUUGCUAUAGAACCAGACGAAUUGCAGCUGAAAAAGAAGGACUACUUUGGGGAGCAUAUCAUUUUGGUACUAAUACAAAUGGUGUCAUCCAGGCUAAUCACUUUUUAAAUCAAGUCGGAAAUACAUCAGCAACUUUACUUGUUCUAAAUGUUGAGCCUUACAAAAAUAAAAUAAUGACCCAAAAGCAAGCUGAAGACUUUAUAAAUACUGUUCAAAAUGUAACUAAAAAUUUUGUCAUGAUUUAUGCUAGUUAUAAUACCUUAAAAAAUUACUCUACCCCAUUUUUAUUAAAAACUCCAUUAUGGAUAGCUCUUUAUAAUACACAACUUAAAUUACCACCGGGUUGGGAUAAAUGGGUCUUAUGGCAAUACACUGAUGGAAAAAAGGGUUUAUGGCCACAUGGAGUGAACGGUGUUGGCUUAUGUGAUAGAGAUAAAUUUAAUGGUUCAGUUGAUAGACUGAGAGCAUUUUGGCCAAAUGGAAGUUUGCCUCUUUUAUGA